CAAGGAAUAGAGGGGCCAUUGUUGACUUAGUUGAUGGCCUUGAUUACACCGAAAGCUUUGGAGAAAAUGGGUGAGCAUAAAAGGGUCAGAUCUCAGUCUGCUAAUAGCAUUCUCCACGAGCUCAUUCUUCUGACGAGAACUACAAUGAAAUCUACGAUUGCUUGCCUGUUGGUGUUGGCUGUUGCCGCCCAAGCUCAAUACUUUGGCAACUACGGAUACGGACUCGGUGGAUAUGGUGGAUAUGGUGGAUACUACGGAGGAUACUACCCCUACACCGGUGUUCGAACUGCUGCCGUACCUGCUGCCUACCCCGUUUCUUAUGGCUACCCAUCUUUCACCGCCAGCCAGUACCACGGACAGGAUGAGCUCGGCCAGGCCCGUUUCGGCUAUGCCCACCCAGGACAGGCAGCUACCAACCUUCGUGAUGCUUUCGGCAACCAAGUCGGCAGCUACGCUUACUUCAACCCAGAGGGUAAAGAGGUCCGCGUUUCCUACACCGCCGACUCACGAGGCUUCCGCGUCCUCUCCAACGACCUGCCCGUUGCCCCAGUCUCCAACUUGGUAGCCCCCGUUCAGGUCCAGGACACUCCCGAGGUUGCCAAAGCCAAGGCUGAACACGCUGUGGCCGUUGCUGCUGCUCGGGCUGCUGCUCCCGCCACCCCAACCACCGAAGUCCGAUUGAAACGCCAAAGCGAAGCAGCUCAUCCAUUCCCCGCCCACGUCGGAGUUGGUCAGAUCGGUGGAGCCCAUCCCGGCCCUGCCCAUGUUGGUGCCGGUCAAAUCGGUGGUGCUCACCCUGGCCCUGCUCAUGUCGGAGCUAACCACCGAGGUGGAGCUCAUCCUUGCCCUGCUUUUGUCGCUUGUUAAAAAAAAACAUUUACAUAUCUGGUCGCUUUGUCUUCACAUUUUUGUUUGGAUUUUCUUGUUAUUUUCUUCACUUGAUGAUUAAAUUGUUCAUUCAACUACUGAGCACACAUCCAUCCAUGCUUCCGUUUUCCCACGUAGCUGGCUUAGAGUGGCCAUGACGUAUACGCAUAUACAACGAUCAAUUAUAGCCAUAAAGGAGUGGCCAAAUGACUUGCACGAAUGCUAUGUAAAAUGCCUGCUUAAAGUCUUACCUUGUCGAACAGUUGUUCACAUGUCCUUUUAUGCAUGAAAUAUAUCGCUAUCAUUAAGGUCA